UCUGUAACAUCUCUUACACAACAGACGCAACAGGUUACCAGAGAAUAUCCUCAAGUUCUGCGUUUUCAGUUCUUUGAUUUUUUUCAAUACGAAGAUGACCGUGGUAUGUACUGUUAAGUUGACGGUGUUGUUGACGUUCUUCCUCUUUGCUGAAUGCGCUGCUGGUUCAUGCUUGAGCUAUGGUCAUUCCUGUUGGGGUGCCCAUGGUAAAAGAAACGGCGGAGCAGCUAUGAACCCACAAUACCAGAGCAACAGGUUACUCUUGUCCAGAUUGAUGCAACCCAACAGCAUGAACGAUAAAGAACUGGAUAACACGCCGACCAUGUUGGAAAUAAAGCAGUUGCUGAACGAGGGUGAGGUGGAAUCCAACCCCUUAAAAGGGAUGAACGACUACGAUUCUGCUGUUGAUGUUCUUUUCGAUGAGUCUCUUCCAUCCUACGAAGAUGUUCCAGUAAGACAGUUCAAAACAACGAAUGGUAGAAGAAUACCAUCAAGAAUAUUCAAGCGGUCAACGAAAACUACUUAACUUCAAACUAUGGAUUAUUUAGUUGUGUGAAAACGACUCUAACUUCAAUCUUCAACAGAAAGGCUGGAAUGGUGAAUAUUGAAGAUUAUUCGAGAUCACCUAUAAUAAUUUUUUACCAUGUUAUAUGUACUUGCAACCUAUGUAUGUAUCAAUUAAAAUAUGUAUGAAUAAAAUACGUGAACAAGU